AUGUUGAAGUUGGUGAUGGUGGACUUUUGGAAUGACUUCACAUGUAAAGCCGUCAUCUACCUGUACAGGCUGAUGAGGAGCCUGUCUGUCACCACCACCUGGCUGCUGCUGAGUGUCCUGCAGGCCACCACCCUCAGCCCCAGAAGCUCCUUUCUGACCAAGUUCAAGCAUAUGUCCCCACAGUGCAGUGCGUGGACCUUGGUCACUCUCUGGGUGUUCAACGUGUUGUUCAAUGUCCGCAUCUUGGUCUCCAUGGGAGGGCCCUCCAAUGACACAGCAGCUUUCCGGUUUGUCUCUGAGUCCUGCACUGUCGCCCCCCACAGGUCACUACUUCAGGAUCUUGUUCUCCCUAGUAGGAAUACUCUGAGACAUCUUCCCAUGGGGCUCAUGGACCUCUCCAGUGGGUACAUGGUGGCUCUCCUGUGCAGGCAUAAGAGGCAGUGCCAGCACCUCCACAGCACCAGCCUGUUGCCAAGAGUCUCCCUGGAACUGAGGGCCACCAGGACCAUCCUGCUGCUCAUGGGACUCUAUGUGCUCAUGUACUUUGUGGACUGUGUGUUCUCCUCCUCUUUGGGACAGAUGCACAGAGAGGAUCCCACUCGCCUGGGAGUCCAGAUGCUGGUGGGCAAUGGCUAUGCUAGCCUCAGUGCCUUUUUGCUGAUCUGUGCUGAAAAACGAAUCAUCAAUUUCUUCCAAUCCACACUGGGGAAGGAGAGGAAAUGUUUACACAGUGCCAGAUAA